AAAGUGGCAGCCCUACCGGUGAAGUCGUCCUCCUGUUCACGCAGACGCCGGCCCAGUGCACACACGCGCGCUGUCGCCUGCUGCUUGAACACCUGAAACACACACACGAGACACUCAGCGAGACAUCAGCUCCGAGCUGCAGACAGACACACUCACAGAGGCAAAUGGAAGAGUUGGCACCCUGUGCAACAGUGAGGUAAAGGGCAGAGUGGAGUAUUUCCUAAACACACCCAGAGGACCACAAGACAGCACAAACCGCCUGCGAGGAGCCACACACCCUGCCCUCCCCACGGGGGCUCCAUCACUAAAGCGGGCCAGCCCGGAGCUGAUGAAGACAGUUCCGCUGUCUCGACGUACCACACUGGCUCUGAUGGUGGCAGAAAGGGACCCGUCAGUGAGACUGAGAGUAUGAGACCAAAAUGAGCUGUGUCCAGGCUGAACCAGAGGAGAGGCCUGUUAAUGCCAACACCAGCCCCAAUGACCACACUACCCCCAGCGCAAAUGCCAUUCCCAAUGCUAACAUUAACUCUAGUCCUGAGUGUAGCCCUUACCCCAAUGUGAACGCUAAUGUCAACACCGUCACCAACGCUAGUGAUGAGUUGGAGUGCAAAAUCUGUUACCAGCGCUACAACACGCACAACCGCAGGCCCAAGAUCCUGGACUGCCUGCACCGAGUGUGCGCCCGCUGCCUCAAUAAGAUCCUGGACAUGGGUGACGGCACCGGCUGCAUCUGCUGUCCUUUCUGUCGCCAUGAGACGCGCGUCAGUGAGUACGAGGUGGCCGGUCUCCCGGACGACUCCAACAUCAUGUCGUGCCUGGCGGUACGCGACAAAUCCUGGAGCUCGGACCACGGCAAGGAGGUGCUGCUGACGCCCAAGAGCCUGUCCUCCAGCGACAGCCCAUCCCACGACUCCUCCAACUGCUUGGUGAUCACCAUCAUGGAAGUGCAGAGGGAGGCACGUCGUUCGCCCAGUCGCCGAGACAGCUCCGACUACUAUGGCGAGCAGAGCCUGGACUCCGCGUCAGAGGGGUCGCACGGCGGCAGCGGUGGGGCUGGCGCUGACCAGGACACGCUUUCCAAGCUCUGCAACCACGUGCCCCGCGUCCUUGUGUGGCUGCUGGGCUUCUUCUACUUCGGCUCGCUGCCACUGGGCAUCUACCUGCUAGUGAUCCAGAGGGUGGCACUGGGCAUCGUGUGCGUCAGCCUCGUGCCCUCCAGCCUCACCGUCUGCCUCGUGUACGGCUUCUGCCAGUGCCUGUGCCAGGGCAUGUGCGACUGCUCCGGACGAAGUUGACCAGGCAGAGCACAGCGAGGAACGCGCGGGCACGAGAGAGGAGCUGGGAGCCACACGACCGAUAACUGAUGACAGACAGACAUCUUUUCAAACACGUGGACGGCUAAUAUGUUACAUUUUCUCCCCUCUCAACAAAACAUAACGUUAGGACAUGUAGCAGCAGCUGGGUGACACGGCAGCCUAGUGCGGAAAGACCAGUUAGUAGCAGACUAAAGCCUCAAAACACAGCAAACAACCUCUAACAUUCCACAGGUGUCAGCUGGUAUCUAGCAGUACUGGGAUGCCUGGAACAAAGAUACAGUCAGGAGCUAAGCUCCAAAGCAAACAGGCAUCACUGAAACAGAACAGAUGGGGUUUUUUUCGGUUUGAAUUCAGGUUGGCUGUGUGGGAGAAGCAUAUGUAGCCAUAAACAUCUAAUGAGCCAUGUGGAUCAAGGUCAUACUGUGGUCAUUUCUGCUCUUGGGUUCUUCAUUCAGUUGUCUUAUCCUAAAAUGUUGGGCCUCAUUGAUCAGUGUGACAGUAGCAUCCUCACAAGGAGGAAGUGAUUAGUCUUUACUAGCACAUACUGAGGGGCAGACAAUCACCCAUGUGGAAAAAGAGAACUACUACAAUAAAGUGGAUAUUUGCUGUAAA